CCCGUGGCAAUAUCUCCUCGUCAACCACUGCGUGGUCCCCGCAGCCGUGCCCCAGAAUUUUAUGGGUUUGUAGCAUGGACAUCAACUUCCCUACUGUUCAUUGUAUACGUGCUUUGGGCUGUCACGCCGGACGAGUACAUUCGUUGUCUCGGCAUAAUUUGGUACCCUAACCGCGAGUGGGCAAUCUUGCUGCCUGCCUACUCGAUGAUGAUCGUUCUCCUCACGUAUUUCACUUAUUUUUCACUUGCACUUGCCAACACGCCUGCUUUUUCCAAUUCAGCAGCGUUCAUCGAUGCGAAAGCUCAUUUUCCUGCACCGGACGCCCCCAACCCUUAUCUCAGAGAUAAGGAUUCAAAUGCUGUUCCGGAACCAUACGAUAUCCCUAUCGGGGUAGUCAACCGAGUGCUGUACAGCCAAGGGACGGAUCGUGGAUGA